CAAAAUCACUAUGAACGGUCAAGAUAUCGAACCGAACAACUCUAACAAUAAAACAACUAACCCGAAUGGAAAAACUUCAGAUGAACGUGAACGAAUGUCUCGAGCCCUUGGUGCUGCUUUUCUACAGCAUCAAGUUCAACAACUCGAAAGAAAUUUGGAUGACAUGUCCUUUCGUCGGGAUAUCUAUCAACCUCAUCAUCCUCGUAAUCAGUCCUCUCGUACGAGACAAGCUGAUUCACCUCGAAAGAUCAAGAUGAAGUCAGAUACCAAUCAAAACCCCGCUGGCUCAUCUAGCUUUACCAGGCAAGAGAAAGGUCCGACACAAAUCAAGAUCAUCGACACUUCCAUCUUGAUCUUUGCGCUUCCAGUCCUGAAAAGAUGGAAAGCCGAAGGAAAAUAUCGAAUUGUAAUUCCUUUAGAUGUUAUCUCAACUCUUGAUUUAUUGAAAACGUACCCUCGUCCCAUUCGUGGCCUUGUGCGUGAUGCUACAGAUUGGUUAGAUCAUCAAUUCCAGAAACUGCCGGCCUCGCGAGGAAGAGCUUCUCAAAGUUUCUCACCGCAAGUGACUGGUGAGGAAUGUUCAUGGGACGAACUCAGAAAAGGCUUUAUACCCCCACCUAUGGAUGUCAUCAGUAUCACUGAAAUCCUUGACGAAGAUAACACCACGCAACGUGCCCUCGACGGUACAGACAUGCCACGUCGACUUCGUUCAGUACUGCAGUGUGCGCAUUGGCAACAAUCACAAGAAACUGGAGAGCCUUAUCAUUGUACCCUGGCUGUAUAUGUUCCGCCCGAAACCAACACACCGACCAAACCUGAAACCACGUCUACCUCAAACGGCACAUCAGCUCAACAUCCGACGUCUCAUACCCAUGGACCGGUACCAGGAGCAGAUCCACAGAUGGAUAGAUCCGGUGCUCUGAUGCUCGAAUGGGCACCGCUCUUUGGUAUUGAGGUCGAACAAAUUACUAAACGCGAUCUUACAGACGCUUUAUCUUGGAUCCGUCAUGAAUCGGAGAAAAGGAUAGCUAGAACCAAACAAUCUUCUUUUCAACGACAGUCUAAUCCGAAUAACCCAUCUCAAUAUCAGAACUCUCCUCGAGGAGGAGGUUCUGGGACGACUGACAAACGCCUAUUUGUUUGGUGAUCUUUAUAUUGAUUCGAUGUGAUCAUGAUCAACCUAACUUUUCAUCUUUCAUCGUAUGUUGGCUUUAUUUGUACGUCUUUGUUUCGGAUCGCUUGUUUGAAUCACGAGGUUGUAAUAAUCACUAUUUGUCUUGUACACUACAGAAACAUUUUCCAUAUUACGUUUUUUCUGCUCCGUCGUAUUAGUUAUAUUGACAUUUUAUACUCGUUCUUCCCUCUCACUCUUCAUCUUUAUCUUUGGAGAACAUUGUACGUCUUGUUUAAGGCAUGUUCUGUUAGUGCCUGAUUUCUCUUUGACUUACGGCUUCUUUAUCACUUUACUUGGUCAUAAACAGACAACAUGCAUAUUACCUGAAAUAUUGUAAAAUGAUCAAUGUUAUACUUACAAUGUCCUUUACCUCUUUUCAAUCAACAUCAACAGUUGAAAUGCCAUGUCAUGAAUGUAGCAUUGAUUAGGG